GCGCCUCGCGCCCAGGGAGCCCGCGUGGCCCCUGUGCGAGCAGACGCGGAAGCAACGCCUGCUUGAAGUGCGUCCUGAGCGCUGUCCAGGUCCAGGGCGGUUGACCGGGAGGUUUAGUUGGGGGUCAGAUCUCCUCCAGCCAGGAUGCCCGGUUUGAUGCAGUUUUAGAGUCUAAGCACAGCUAACAAAAGUCUAUCCGGGAAGCGGCGAUCCCGCCACCUCCAUCCACUCAGUGUCUGUGGAACUCCCGGGCUUCCCCUGGACAGACUGGAGACCCAGAAGGAAGGUUGCUUGUUACCCAGGCAGCCCGAGGCUUACGACAGCACAGGGGCAGGGCCCCCCAAGCAGUCUUGCUUGAUGCUGCAUUAUAGAGGGAGUGGCCCACCUCCCAACGUCCUGGGACACGUGCAAGAGGUGGAGAGGAGACCCUUGCAGCUUUCUGGGACAGGUAACAAGCCUAAAACACAGCUGAAGUAGGAGAGCUGCAGUAGAAUCCAGGUUCAUCUCACCCCCAAAUUCGGAAACCGAGAGUGAAGCGCAAAUUGGCGAGAUUUGAACCUCGCGGCUUCCCGUAGGGUCGGGCAUCUUCAGAUUCCCGCGCUUUUUCGUGUGCGUGUUAGAGAGCUCUGCGCAGGCGCACGAAGCUGAGGCUGCGGAGCUGAGGCCGCGGCUAUGGCCGCGACCGUGGCCGACGGGACCGUUACCGAGGAGGCCUGCGGGCCCAUGGAAUCUAAAGAAGAAUUUGUCAGAGUCAGAAAGAAGGACCUGGAGCGGCUGACGACGGAAGUGAUGCAAAUACGGGACUUCUUACCCAGAAUACUAAAUGGGGAGUUAUUGGAAAGCUUCCAGAAAUUAAAGAUUGUAGAAAACAACCUGGAGAGAAAAGAACAAGAAUUAGAGCAGCUGAGAUUGGACCGUGAGCACUUCAAAGCCCGGCUAGAAACUGCACAGGCAGACAGUUCGAGGGAGAAGAAGGAGAAGUUGGCUCUUCGACAGCAGCUGAAUGAAGCAAAACAGCAGCUCCUGCAGCAGGCGGAGUACUGCACACAAAUGGGAGCUGUCACCUGCACCCUCCUCUGGGGGGUCUCCAGCAGCGAGGAGGUCGUCAAAGCCAUUCUAGGAGGAGACAAAGCAUUGAAGUUUUUCAAAAUCACCGGCCAGACGAUGGAGAGUUUUGUGAAGUCAUUGGAUGGGGACGUUAAGGAGGUUGAUUCUGAUGAAAAUCAGUUUGUCUUUGCACUGGCUGGAAUUGUAACAAAUGUUGCCGCCAUUGCGUGUGGUCGUGAAUUUUUGGUGAAUUCCAGCCGGGUGCUCUUAGACACCAUGUUGCAGCUGCUGGGGGACUUAAAGCCUGGCCAGUGCACCAAACUCAAAGUUCUAAUGCUGAUGUCCCUGUAUAAUGUGAGCAUCAAUUCAAAAGGCUUGAAAUACAUCAGUGAGAGUCCUGGAUUUAUCCCUUUGCUGUGGUGGCUUUUGAGUGAUCCAGAUGCAGAAGUGUGCCUUCAUGCCCUGCGGCUCAUCCAGUCUGUGGUGCUAGAACCAGACGUCUUCUCCAAGGUGGCCUCUGAGCUCCAGAGCUCCUUACCCCUGCAGCGCAUCCUGGCCAUGUCCAAGAGCCGCAACUCUCGCCUGCAGUCUGCUGCCCACGAACUCCUGGAAGACCUCCGUGCCCUGGACUGUAGUGUUUAGGUGUGCCUGGUGGAAAUGCCAGUGGCCCGCUCCCUCCCAGGCCUCUACUUCUGUCUUCAAAACUAGAUGUCACUGUAUGUCAUGUGUUAGAGACUGCAGGCUUUGAUGGACUAGAGAUGGGCAUGAUGAGUAAGCCUCCUGCCUCUCCCUCCUGAGAGUGCACUCUUGUCAGGCAGCUGGUUAAUCUUGCCAGAGCAGUGACCAGAACAAGGUCACCUCUGAACACCUGGAAACUCUCACAGAGUAGCUUCUUGCUGCCCUGGAGGCUGCCUACACCGUGAGAGUUGAGAUCACCAUCCACCAUGUGCUCAGUGUUUCCCAGAAGCAUGUCUGUGACAGCCUGUCCUCUUUCCCUGGUAAGUGUAACCCCACUGCACAGGCUCACCUCCCUAACCUUUCAUAACCUAUUAUUUCACAUGCACCGGACAGUUGAUCUCUGUCUUGGUGCUGCUUUUAUUUUAAUAAAGUGUAGUCAAUAUCACAUUCUGAAUAUAAUCUUGGGGCUAGGAAGUUGGUGUCCUUUGUACAUUAACUAUGUUACUUGUUUAGGAAAAUGCACUUUCCUUAUUUUGUUCUGGCCCCUUAACUAUGAAUUAAAGCAAGCAUGGAAAAAUAGCUUCAAGAUGAGCAAUAUGAGAUUAAAUUCCAUGAAGUGGUCAU